AUGGACGGAAGGAAAACCAAAAACCACAAUAUGAAUAGCAAAAGUAAAGAUAUUGUUACUACUCCAGAGGGACAGGACCAUCAGGAGUCGUUGGUAGUAGGUGGACCUGUUGUAAAAAUCAGGUCCAACGGAGCGGGCUUGCUACUUUCGUUACCAGUCAACCGUGACAAAUCGGAUGAGGGGGUGUCCAGCAUGGCCCCGGAUUCCGACAAAAAUGCUACUGCUGAAACAGACGUGCCUCCGGGUACGCACAAAAAGGCCCAUGAUACCGGUGAGAAAGUAGCUGUAGCUACCAGCCUGACCUUACCUGAGUACAAACGAAAACGAUCAUCCUAUGAAGAUGAUGAGCAUAAUAGAAAAUUGUCUCGAACCUCAAGAGCCGCACUCGAUAUCCAUCAUGUCAUCGGUAAUCGAUAUCAGUGCUAA